AGACACGCCUGAGUAUUGUUGCACAUACAGUCAAAAUCAAAACAAUGUAUCGUAUAAGGCGAAAUUGUUUCGUUCAUUCGUUUCUUAUGCCUAGUGCCAUGGGCCGUGCGGUUGUCUCUGUUUAGUUGUCGUUUAAAAUUCAUUAUACAUGAAAGUGUGUGAACGACGCUGAGCACCUUAGCUCGUCUCAAAUGACAAAUAAGACAUCGACGAAAAUAAGACGAUAAAAAAAACAUAGUGUAAUAUACUCAAGUCAAAGUGGAUGCAAAUAAAUGUUCUUUAUCAAAUUGUUGAAGUGUUUCUCUUGAUAUAUACAUAUAUUUUAUGGUGGAAGCAUCGAGUAUAGUUUUUGUGUACUCAAAACGGCCGUGCCCUGAAGAUGAACGAUUCAUUGUUUGAAAAGUGAAUGUUCUAAGAUAGGAAAAAAUCUUUGAGAAAAAAAAUUCGUUUCGAUAAAAAGAAAAUCGAUUAUUGGAUUUGCUGUGGAUUAUUUUUUGGAUAUAUUUUGGCAACAGAUACACAACCAAGAGAUUGGAUAAAAAUGACUGAAUUGAACGAAGCAACCUUUCCGAAAACGGGACGAGUUAAUGAAGUGUGUCGAGAAUGGGUCGUACGCGAAGACAACGCUUUGGCACAACAAUUGCAGUCACAAGAAAUCCACGAUCACUAUCGCGGCAAUCGCUAUCGAAAUCAAGUGGUUCGACAAGAUUUCCCAACCGCUUUAUCGGAGCAAAUAAAAGAAAAAGAAGUGGCCGAUCAACAAGCGGCACUUUAUCAUCAAAUGUUAAAUGCACAGGCUGAAGCUGAUGCAGCUGUUGCUCGAAAAGUGGCUGAAAAUUUGCGUCGAGAACAAGAAAUUGAACGACGCCGGAAUAUUGAACAAAGUGAAUAUUUGGCGCGUCAACUCGAAGAAGAUUUGGUACUUCAAGCCAAACCACCAUCUGCAUCAUCAUCUUCGUCGUCGUCGUCGUCAUCACGUAUGCAGCAAUCAUUUCCAAGUCCACCCGAGCCAAUCGUCAAUGAGCUGCCGAUUCCGCCAAAAAAAUUGGGUACUAAAUUCAGUAGCCAGCGAAGGAAUUACAAUGACAACGAUAUAGUUACGAAUCCAUCGUACGUCACUGCUUCACCGACACAUACAGCGACACCGCUAAGGGAUUCACCGCAGCUAAAUUACGUUUCGUUGGAGUUGAACAUACCGAAAGAUAGUCAAAAACGCUUGGCAAACCAUCAUGCAACACAAUACACUCAAGUCUUUGCCCAUAAUCUGGGCACACCUCCGUUGUCACCAUCUGAUUCGGAUAGUCAUCAUUAUGAGCAUAUCAAUUUGCAUUCGCACACUCCCGAAAAGAAAACCAAUCCACAGCCAUACGUUCAACGAGAUUAUAGUUUUCCACCGCCACCAGACUCAGUUGCUUUGGCUCUGCCACCAAAACUGCCGAGCAAACAAUCACCGACGAAAAAUAAGCAAUAUGAUCUGCCAAAACUACCACCCAAAGCAAAAGAUUUGUCGCCAACCAAUCGUGGAUUGCAAAUGCUCACCACAGACUCAUUCGAUAUACUAAUGGGCAAUCCAAAUCUACGCGAAUUACCCGAUGAAUGUGACAGUUUAGCUAUUGGCGGUGCAGAACCGAAGGUUGCACGAAACACAGAGCGUGUUUUUAAUAGUAAUACACCAAAUAUCAAUCGGAUCGACUCAGUUGACGAUAUUUUGAGCUAUGACGGAGAAGAAGCUGCGGGUUCAGCUUGUAGCUCGGAUCGGAUAAGGCAGCUAAAAGAGUUGGGCGUUCCAGCUGAUGAAAUUUUGGAAAUCGAUCGACGUCUCACACAACAGGAGAAAGAUGAAGAGCUUGCUCGUCGAUUGCAAGAGGAAGAAGGACAGGCUUGUAUGACACAAGAGGAAAAAGAUCAUAUGGUGGCCAUCGAAGCACAAGAUAAAGAAUUGGCUCGGAUGCUACAGGAGAGGGAAAAAGCAAAGGCUCGCCGGGCAAAGGAGCGUGCUCGAGCUCGGAAGCAGCAACUACAGCAGGAGAAAAUGCAACAAGAAGCAGCUGAAGGUGCACAAUAUGUCGAGAAUUCAUCGGCUGUAUCACACACCCGAAGUCAUUCCGAUUCAAAUGACAUUGAACAUGAUUCAUACUCGGAUCCAAUCGACUUGAUAAAUGCCCGGGAAAAUGCCAAGCAAUUGUAUCAGGCUGGUGAAUAUUUUCAUAGCAAACAAAGCAGCGGUGCAUCACGAGAUUCACUGUUCAAUGAUGAAAAUUACUCCAAUCCAGUUGAUUCACUUCGAAAUGCCGCAUUAAACGAUUCCAAUCACAAUGCAUCACCUCCAAGACCUAGCAAAAAAGUUUCCAGCAAACAACCGAGACCAAAAUCGAAUGAAAGUAUCGAUAAUAUGGAACAGAUACAACAGCCAAACUCAUCGUCUUCCGGACCGAAUAGCUCUAUUCCAACCCCAUCAAAUGAAUCUCAAAACUUUUUACCGGCUCAUUUGAAAUACACGACACCCGAUCAAAAUUCGAAUCCAAUUCCACCAUACAUGCCAAUCCAAGGCGUUCGACGCAACGGAAAUAUGCAGUCGGAUAAAAAGAAAAAACCGAAAGACAAUCGCUGCACACACCAAUAAGCAUUCUAAUUGAAAACCUAUUUAAAAAUGAUGUUAAAUGUGAAAAACCUUUAAGAUAUGCAUGACCUUAUCCCGGACACUCAGUUAAAGUGUCCAAUUUUAGUGGAAUUUAUUAAACUCUAGCACAAUGGUUGACGUAUAAAAAUCAUAAAUACCCAUAAAAUUUUGAAGUAUUUCCUCUUGAUUAGCGAAUAGUUUUUAAAUUUAUUUUAAUUUUCUUUGUGAAUAAGUUUGGGAUAAUUCAUGGAUAAUUUGAUAGACAAUGAAAAUAAAUCACAAAUUUUUUUAAAUUUAAAGCGAA